UGGGAAAAACUUCAACUCAUGCUGUUGUCUUGGCACAGUUAUAUCUCAGAGGAAAAAGCUAUGGAUUACAUCCAUUUAUUGCGCAGUUACGGAGUCUGGAAAACCACCAACCUUUGCCAGGUAUAACACUUGGUGAUAUUGGACCAAAGCUUGGAUAUCAUAGCAACGAUAAUGGUUUCCUGGGAUUUGAUCAUGUCAGAAUUCCAAGAAGAAAUAUGCUGAUGAAAUAUUCACAGGUUUCACCUGAUGGAUUUUAUACUAAACCUGUACAAGCAAAACUAACGUACGGCACUAUGGUUGGAGUGCGGGUUGAAAUUGUGAGUGCUGGUAGUUAUAUGUUAUCGCAAGCUGUCACCAUUGCUGUAAGAUAUAGUGCCGUAAGAAGACAAACUGAGCAGAUCAAGGGUGAAAAAGAACCCCAGAUUUUAGACUAUCGUUCUCAACAGUUGAAGCUUUUUCCAUAUUUGGCUGCUGCAUAUGCAUUUACCUUCACUAGUUUUGGCGUAACAGAUCGCUAUAUUGAAGUCCAAAAUGAAAUGAAUGAUGGCAAUAUGGAAUCACUUUCUGAGGUGAGAGAUCCCGGAGGCAGCAAAUCCACUGGUAAUGACAACGCUACAACGCUAUGUACGCCUCGUACAUAUAUGUCGCACAAAUUACAUGCUCUUUCAGCUGGUUUGAAAGCUUUCACAUCGUAUGUUGUAAAUAAAGGAAUUGAAGUUUGUCGCUUGUCAUGUGGUGGACAUGGGUAUUCACAAGCAAGUGGAUUCCCUGAAUUGUACACAAUUGCAGCACCCCUCAGUACCUUCGAAGGAGAGAAUACAGUUUUGUUGCUGCAAACUGCUAGAUACUUAAUGAAGUUUACCGCUACUGCAAAACGUGGUGGGGGGCUUCCAGGAUUUGUUUUGUAUCUGAACCAACGUCAGAAAGGUCAAUGCCCUGCUAGAAGUGAAAGUGACUUAUUGGAUCAUGGCUUACUGUCUGAUGCAUUUGAGCACAGAGCUCGCAGAUUAGUAAUGGAGGCUGCACAGAAGAUGCAAUCCAAUAUUGGUAAGGGCAACCCACAACAUGUUGCAUGGAAUAAUUGUCACAUGUAUCUAUUAAAAGCUGCAAGUGCACACUGUCAUUUUUAUGUGGUGCAGACGUUUGUGAAAUACAUAAACGAUACUGAGAUGUCGGAUGCUGUACGUGAUGUUUUGACGUCACUGUGUCAGUUUUAUGCCUUGCAUGGUAUAUGGCAAGAUGCUGGUGAUUUCUUGCAGGAUGGUUAUAUGAAUGGCAAGCAGCUGGACAUGGUGCUAUCGCUUGUGGGAAAACUCUUAGACAAAAUCCGUAUUAAUGCUGUAGCUUUGGUUGAUGCUUUCGAUUUCCGUGAUGAGAUAUUGUGCUCUAAGCUUGGUGCAUGA